AAGCCGCCAUGUUGCCAGUUCUUGGUGCAAAAUACAUUUAAAAUUUUGACUGUUAUUCUGUAUUAUCUUAACUUGGUGUUAAACAACGAAGAAAAUAAAUAGAAUAGCAAUAGGAAAUAAAUAUUUGUUCGUUUUAAGGGUUUCCUUCGAGAAUUUCUGACAGUUGGUCACGAAAACUGACCUAACCUAAAAUAAAAAACAACAACACCGACCUGCACCGACCGAAAAUUAUGAAUUUAUUAGUUAAAGAAGAAAAGGAUGUCGUUAAAGAAUAUAAUCCGACGUGUUUCUGCAAAGAGAGCAAAGACGAAAUCGUUAAAUGCCUUGAGGAAAAAGUCGACUAUGUGUACUCGUUUAGGGAUAGAUUCUUCGAGAACCACGACAUAAAAGAAGCAAUAAACAAAAACGCGGAUGUUGAGAAGUUAAUGUUGGAAAUGUUGAGUAUUUUCGACAAACAUGAAAGUUUGGCUUUGCAAGUCAAUAAGGCGCGUUAUAACUACUUGAGGGGGAAAUUGUUGAACGUCAUGCCAAAAUUCAAUGUUGUCGCUGAAAGUUUGCUAUCGAAAGCGUGCAAGUUGGACCCAAAGAUGUUGGAAGCUUGGAACGAGCUGGGAGAAUGUUACUGGAAGAACGAGGAGCUACAAAAGGCCAAGAAUUGCUUUGAAAUGGCCGCCAAAGAUGAAGUUAAAAAGAACAAGAUUGCAUUGAGGAAUUUAUCGAUGAUAGCAAGGCAGGAAAUAUGCGAAAAUGCUGAAGAGAGAAACAAAAAUAUCAGACUGGGUUUAAACUAUGCCAAAGAAGCUGUCCGGUUGGACACCCAUGAUGGUAUUUCGUGGUCAAUUUUGGGAAAUGCACAUUUAUCAAGUUUUUUUGGCAUUCACCAAAAUCCCCAAACUCUAAAGAGAUGUAUUAAUGCUUAUAGUCAUGCAGAAAAAGAUGUUAUUGCCAGAAGUACGCCAGACUUGCAUUACAACAAAGGGAUUACCUUAAAGUAUGAAGAAGAAUUCCUGCUGGCCCUGGAAUCAUUUAAACGGGCUAGUUCGUAUGACCCGACUUGGGAACCCCCGAAAAUCAAAGAAAGACAACUGUUAGAAUACCUAAGGGAAAUAAACGAUUUAGUUUCGACCCGUGGUAAAAUGAAAGCCAAAAGACUGCAGCAAAUAUUACAAUCAAUAGAUGCCAAACAAUUGGGGCCUUUUGGCGGGGGCGGCUACACAUCCUCGGGGGGGAAAACGGUAAAAUUGGAGGAAACUUUAUUAAACGAUUUAAAAACCGGUUUGAACGAGGAAAAAGUGGUUUUAGGGAAAGUGGUGUGCUCCAUAAGAAAUGAUGAUACAGUUCCUUUCACUUUUUGUUUGGUGGAUACAAAUUGCACUUGUGUGGUUGUGACCAUUUAUAAUUUGGCAAGCGGUAAAGGAGUUAUUAUAGGGGAUUCGGUGGCCAUUCCGGAACCAUUUGUUACUGAUGUUGAUUUUUCGUACAAUGAUAAGAAAUACAAAUUUCGAUUAAUCCGUGUAGAAAACCCCCUGAUUUUGGUAAUCAACAGUAAAAAAGGGACUAGAGAACUCAUGGCCGGGGUGCAAAUGUCGCUUUUCAAAAAAUUCGAUUGAAAAAUAUUUUUUAACUCCAUAACAAUUUCUAUUAGGUACUUAACUAUUAUAAGAUUGCACUUUUUUCUAAUUAUAUUAAAUUUGCUAUUGUUAAAAAGUAUUAAACAUUUAAAUUUCUUAUUGGUGCAAUAGUGGACCUAAAAUUCGUUCUUUAACUGAACUGCGUUUUAACUUUUUUAAUACGAUUGAUUUUUAACAUUUUCUCAGUUUGAUUUUUUAGGCUUUCAUCACUUUUUAUAGCUUUAAUAAUGUAUACACUAUUACUUUGUAUGAAUCCUUUUU